AUGGGAGGGAGCUGCGCACAGAGGCGCCGGGCCGGCCGGCGGCAGGUACUAUUCCCCUUGCUGCUGCCUUUGUUCUACCCCGCGCUCUGUGAGCCCAUCCGCUACUCCAUUCCCGAGGAGCUGGCCAAGGGCGCGGUGGUGGGGAACCUCGCCAAGGAUCUGGGGCUCAGUGUUCGGGAUGUGUCGGCUCGGAAGCUGCGAGUCAGCGCGGAGAAGCCGCACUUCCUUGUAGACUCGGAGAGCGGGGACUUACUUGUGAAGGACCGAAUAGAUCGUGAGCAGAUAUGCAGAGAGAGAAGAAGAUGUGAGUUGCAACUGGAAGCCGUGGUGGAAAAUCCUUUAAACAUUUUUCAUAUCGUUGUAGUUAUUGAGGAUGUUAAUGACCAUGCCCCUCGAUUCCGUAAAGAUGAAAUAAACUUAGAAAUUAGUGAAUCCAUCAACCCAGGGAUGGGAACAAUUCUUGAGUCUGCAGAAGAUCCUGAUAUUAGUAUGAAUUCACUGAGCAAAUACCAACUAAGUCCUAAUGAGUAUUUCUCACUGGUGGUCAAAGACAAUCCCGAUGGUGGCAAAUAUCCAGAAUUAGUAUUGCAGAAGACUCUGGACAGAGAAACACAGAGCACUCACCACUUGGUACUGACAGCCUUAGAUGGUGGGGACCCGCCCCAGAGCGGUACUGCUCAAAUCAGAAUCCUGGUGGUCGAUGCCAAUGACAAUCCCCCAGUGUUCAGCCAGGACGUGUACAGGGUCAGCCUUGGGGAAGAAGUGCCUCCAGGCACCUCUGUCCUGAGGGUGAAGGCCACUGACCAGGAUGAGGGCCUCAACUCCGAGAUCACUUACUCCUUCCUGGGUGUGGCUGACAAAACUCAGCACAUGUUCUCUCUGGAUUCUACUACAGGAAACAUCGUAACUCGUCAGCCCUUGGAUUUUGAAGAAGUAGAAAGAUAUACAAUGAGUGUAGAAGCAAAGGACAGAGGAUCUCUCUCAACACAGUGUAAAGUAAUUAUAGACGUUCUAGAUGCAAACGACAACAGCCCAGAAAUAAUCAUCACUUCUCUCUCUGAUCAGAUUUCAGAGGAUUCCCUUCCAGGAAUUGCCGUGGCUCUCUUCAAAACCCGGGACCGAGAUUCUGGGGAAAAUGGAGAAGUCAGGUGUAGUUUAAGUAGAGACGUUCCAUUUAAGAUUCAUUCUUCUUCUAAUUAUUACUACAAGCUGGUAACAGAUGGGGCCCUUGACCGGGAGCAGACGGUGGAGUACAACAUCACCAUCACCGCCACCGACAGGGGCAAGCCACCCCUCUCCUCCAGCAAAACCAUCAUCCUGCACAUCACCGAUGUCAAUGACAACGCGCCGGUUUUCCAACAGUCCGCCUAUCUGGUCCACGUGCCAGAAAACAAUCAGCCCGGUGCCUCUAUAGCUCAGGUCAGUGCCUCUGACCCUGACUUUGGGCCCAAUGGUCGCGUCUCCUAUUCUAUCCUUGCCAGCGGCCUAGAGCUGUCGUCCUACGUGUCGGUGAGCGCGCAGAGCGGGGUGGUGUUCGCGCAGCGCGCCUUCGACCACGAGCAGCUGCGCGCCUUCGAGCUGACGCUGCAGGCCCGCGACCAGGGCUCGCCCGCGCUCAGCGCCAACGUGAGCCUGCGCGUGUUGGUGGGCGACCGCAAUGACAACGCGCCUCGGGUGCUGUACCCUGCGCUGGGGCCCGAUGGCUCGGCGCUCUUCGAUAUGGUGCCGCGUGCCGCGGAGCCUGGCUACCUGGUCACCAAGGUGGUGGCGGUGGACGCUGACUCAGGACACAACGCCUGGCUGUCCUACCACGUGCUGCAGGCCAGCGAGCCCGGGCUCUUCAGCCUGGGGCUGCGCACGGGUGAGGUGCGCACGGCGCGUGUCUUGGGCGACAGGGACGCGGCCCGACAGCGCCUGCUGGUCGCUGUGCGUGAUGGUGGACAGCCGCCACUCUCAGCCACUGCCACACUGCACCUGGUCUUCGCGGACAGCCUGCAGGAAUUACUGCCAGACCUCAGUGAUGGUCCUGUGCCCUCUGAUCCCCAGUCGGAGCUGCAGUUUUACCUGGUCGUGGCUUUGGCCUUGAUCUCUGUGCUCUUUCUCCUCGCGGUGAUUCUGGCCAUUGCCCUUCGCCUGCGACGUUCCUCCAGCCCUGCCUCCUGGGACUGCUUUCAGCCUGAUCUCUGUUCUAAGACUAGACCAGGGAUUUCUCCCAACUACACUGAGGGAACUUUGCCUUAUUCCUACAAUCUGUACGUUGCUUCUGAUUCUGGAAAAACAACGUUUAAUUUUCUCACCAUGACGCCAGAAAUGGUUCCUCCACAAGACCUUUCUAAUGAAGCUUCUUUGGUAAUGAGUUUCACUGAAGAGAAUAACAAGGAAAGCUCUGACUCCGUUUCUUCUACUCACGUGAGUUUCUAUGAAUGUGGUCCGAAGAGCUGA